GUCGUCGGCGUCCUCUCGGCGGCCACCGUCGUCUACGCCGCCGUGUGGGACCACCGCCGCAGGCACGACCCGGCCUUCCGUCGCAAGCUUGCCAAGCAGCAGAAGAAGCUCGAGAAGGUCGCCGAGGUCAAGCAGGAGCAGGGCAAGGCCCAGGUCGAACAGGCCCUCAGGCGCGCCCUCACCCUCGUCAACGCCGAGCCGGUCCCCGAGUCGCCCGAGGGCAAGGAGCAGUUCUUCAUGGAGCAGGUCGCCCUUGGCGAGCAGCUCGCCGCCCGCUCCCCCGAGUUCUACGUCGCGUCGGCCAUCUCGUUCUACAAGGCGCUCAAGGUGUACCCGGCGCCGCAGGAGCUCCUCAUGAUCUACCAGAAGACGCAGCCGCCGGCCGUGUUCGACCUCGUCAUGGAGCUCAUCUCGCUCGACCUCCAGUCGUCG